UCUAUGUGUUAUAGAGUCCUAAAGCCCGAUAGCAGAGGUAAACUACCAUAUUAAUCCAAUGUAGAUCUUAUAUACACGUACUUUUCAAUUAGCUACAAUACAUGCAAAUGAUCUCAUGGUUGAGAUCCCACUUUUUUUUUUCGAAACUAUAGAGUUAGCAACAUUACAUCAAUAGUAUCCUCAAGCCUAUAUAAUACCCUGGGAUUUAGGACUUAUAAUUUCCUGCUAAAUUAACAAUCAUACAUAAACACAGGAUAUGAAUGGGCUUUCAAAGACAUGUAUUUGAAAGCGUAUACACACCAUGGCAAUAACCAAUAGUAAGUUUAAUUGCUUGCUAACAAAAUGAUGUCUUACACAAGUGAGAAUUUAGUCAAGCUGCUGCUAAUUUUUACAAUAGCGUUUCCCGUUAGCUGUGAGUCUGAAUCAAUUGUACUUGAAAACAAGAAUGUCAAUCAGAAGAUGGCACAAAACAAGAGUCAUAUUAGGUUGGGUAAUAAACAGAAGUCUUGCAACGAUGAUAUGGACUGCCCCCCGUGGACAAAAUGUAACAAUACUAAAUGUGAGUGCAAAGCAAAUCUGAAAAACCAUCACACUAUUAAAUGUGACGAAGCAACACUUGAACUAUCUGUUAUCAGAUGCCACUGUGUUACAUACAACAACGUGACAGACGAGUUAGUUGAAGGAAACUGUAUUGAGAAUUGUGAAAAUGGCUACGACAAAAGUGACUACCUUCCAUUGCCAAAAGAUGUAUCCCAACCAAACCAGUUCAUGUGUGAGAAGAGGUGGAACAGAACAGGAAGACUGUGUGGGAGGUGUUUACCUGGAUACUCUCCACUGGCUUACUCUUACGACAUGAGGUGUGUGAAAUGCCCUGAGGGGAACAAGAAUAUCUUGAUUUACAUUCUUGUGGCUUUUGGUCCCCUUACAGUGUUUUACUUUGUGCUCCUACUCUUCAAGAUCAAUGCAUUUUCUUUGUACUUACACAGUUACGUUGCUUACAGCCAAAUGAUUACAACACCAUUUUUUGCUAGAGCUAUAACAGCAUAUGCUGAGAAUGUCUCAACUUAUUUAAAGUCUACAAUUAUAAUACUAGCAGAUCUAUAUGGAAUUUGGAACCUAGAUUUCUUCAGAGGUCUCUACCCUGACAUUUGUCUUGAUGUGUCCACACUCACAGUCUUAGCUCUGGACUAUGCAGUGGCUAUCUACCCACUACUGUUGACUGUUAUCUCCUACAUCUUGAUCGAGCUAUACGCUAGAAACUUUCGACUAGUAGUCAUCUUGUGGAUACCAUUUCGUUACCUCUUUUCACGUUUUCGUAGAAACUGGGAAAGCAGAACUAGUGUGAUAGAUGCGUUUGCAACAUUUUUUCUACUAUCAUUCACGAAAAUGGCUUCUACUUCAGUUGACCUUCUUACACCAGUGAGAGUAGUUAACCUGAAAAGCAACAGUGUGACAUGGGUACCGUACAAUGAUGCGACAAUGGAGUACUUUGGAAAAGAGCAUCUGCCAUUUGCUAUUCUUGCUUUAGUGUGCUCUACAAUUUUUGCAAUUCUCCCAAUCUUGCUAUUGCUGAUUUACCAAUUUCGCUGGUUUCAGAGAUUGCUCAGCUGUCUACACAUCCAUCAUCCAUUGCUACGAGAGGUCAUGGAAUCUUUUCAAAGCUGCUACACAAAUGGCACUCAACCAGGAACCAAAGAUCGCCGAUGGUUUUCAGUUGCCCAUUACAUUUUGCGCUAUUCAAACAUCAUUGUUUACUCUGCAAUACUAGAUUCUGGCUAUAUAGUAAUGGGACUAGUGUUAAUUAUUAGCUUGCUAGUUUUGACAGCAAUAGUGCAACCAUACAAGAAUGCAAACCACACGAAAACAGACAUUUUGUUCUUGGGAAUAAUUGGUGUGUUUUACUGCUUUGACGAAGCAACAAACCAUCCAUCUUUACAAGCAGAAACAGAAAACUAUGUGUCAACAACUUUGAGAAUUGUUGUUGUAAUUAUUCCGCUAUUAUACAUAAUAUGUACGAUCACAAACUGGAUCCUGAAGUGGAUGAAGAAAAGAAUGAGAAAAGUGAAAAUAAUUGUUACCCGAGCAAGAGCCUGGAGGAGGGGCUAUGAGAACAUUGAUAAUGACUUUGAGGAAACUUUGCCAGACAGAAUCGUUAAUCCCGAGAAUUAUCAAGACGAAAAUCGACCUUUGGACAUAGUUUGUUCAGAUGGCAACUGCACUCGAGCUACUCUCCAACCAAAUAUCACAUACUAAUUAGCAAUUAUAGUUACGUAACCACGUACAUCUACUUCGCAAGUGGGCAUGCAUGGAUACAAAUUCAGUACUUACUGCAUGCAUGCAUGUGUUUUGAAUGUUCUCAUAAGUUGAUGUAGUAAAAUCACAUCUGAAGAAUUCCUACACCUGUAGACAUUAUUGUAACAGUGAAAGUGUCCUUCUAAUGCUUUUAUGUAAACAAUGGUAAUACUACCUACUAUACCACUCAGUGCAACAUUCAUGCACUGCACACAACGGAACAUAUACAUCUUCAUAUACCGUAUCACUAUUCUUUCACAUGAUAAUUGAUUAGCUUAAUGAUUAGAAACCAACCUUAGGCAAAUAUAAAACUUACUAGUAAGUCUUACAACUUCUUUGUGCCUAGAACACAGCCUCGAUUAAACCGCGGGGGAAACACUGAUUGUACCGCGAGGUAGCCUCGUUUCCAAUCCCUUUCUCUUAUCUACGAUACGAUAAUUAUUACUCAAGGCACAGAGAAGUUGUAAGACUAGAACAAGUACAUGCAGUAGUGUCUGUGAUGGCAAGUACGUUGUUGGAGGUGCUGUAUAUAGAUAGCUAUCAGAGAACCUUUGGAUGAGACUUGAGAGCAUACACACAACAUUAAAAUUAUACAUGUAUUAACCCUAACACCAUAAUUAUAGGCAAGAUGAAGAUGCACUAUACACAAGUGGGAGUUUAGCCAAACUGCUGUUAAUUUUCACAAUAAUUAUUGUGUUGUCUGUUAGCUAUAUCUUUCUGAAUCAGCUACCCAUAAAAAUGAGAAAGACAAUCAAAAGAUGACACGAAACAAGUGGAUGGGUAACAAACAGAAGUCGUGCAACAAUGACAUGGACUGCCCCGUCUGUCUGGAAACAGACAUUUUGUUUCUAAGAAUAAUUUAAAGAGACCCUUUUGUACCUGACUAUAAGUAUAUAUCCUCCAUUGAUCUCAAUUACUACAGUGUUUGCUAACAAUAUAACAUUAAUUUUGAGAAGCAGGAUUAAUAGUUAUAUAAUUAUAGUCACAAAUAGAGAAUAUUAGUGCAAUUGUUUAGAUGACAAUGAUUAUUGUUAUUUGUUGUUGUGUUGUUGUUAGAUCAAAUUGACAACAGCAUUUCUGAACAGGGAACUUCAGGAGGAGGUUUAUAUGAAGCAACCUCAAGGUCUCAUGGCACAGGGGAAAGAGCAUUUGUGCAAAUUGGAUCGUAGCAUCUAUGGCUUGAAACAGUCCCCACCCCACGAUGCUGGAACCCAGUGCUGGACAAUUAAACAGCUGAAGAAAAUGGGGUUUGUACAGUCAGUAAGUGAUCCCCGUAUUUAUGUUGCCCUAGACGGAGAGACAUUUGUGAUUGGAGUCUACAGGGACGACACAGUGUUGGCUGGAGAAAGCGACAACCGAAUAGCCGAAGUGAAGCAAUCUCUUGGUGUGCAUUUUGAUACAAAAGAUCUGGGAAAACUAAAGCUAUAUUUCUUGGGCAUUGUUUAGAACGAAGACACAGGAGACGUCUGCAUGGAUGGGCAUGGGACAACCAUGCAGCCUAUAAUUAUAUCGAAACCGUUUAAAACAAAUUUGGAAUGAAACAAGCUAAAGCUAUAUCCAUUCCUGUCGAUCCUAUUACAAAACUAGUGAAAGCAACAGAGAUGAAGAUGAAGUAUUCGAUCAGGAGCAGUAUCAGUCCUUUCUUUGUUAGAAGUUUAAUGUAUAUACUAUAAUUAAUAACAUAUAUACGCAGUAAGUGAUGUGGCCAAGUUUACUUCCAACCCAAUUAACCAAGAAACAUUGGACUGGUUUGAAACGAAUUAUGCGAUAUACAAAAGGAACUGUCAGUUUAUGCCGAAACUAUGAACAGCCGAAAAUUGUCAAGCCUACACUCAUGCAUACAGACUCUGACUGGGCAGGUGACUGAUGACACAAUAUCAAUUUCUGGUUAUCUUUUUCAGAAGUGCAGUCAGUUGGAGAAGCAAGAAAACAGUCUUACGUGGCUUUAUCCACAGCAGAAGCUGAGUACAUGGCACUUCUAGUGCAUCACAAAAAGCUAUCUGGAUGAGGCAACUUACUUUUGAGCUCGGAUACACCUCUAUAUAUAUGGAACCCACAACCAUGCAUAUAUAUAAGAGGACAAUCAAUCAUGCAUGCAAUUCAAUCAACCCCCAAUUCCAUGGAGAUCGAAACACAAUGUGAUCAGAACAAGUGAUCAACAAUUAAGCAAGUGAAAUUGGAAUACAGCCCAAGUCAAGAAAUGCAUGGUGGCAGAUAUGUUGAUAAAGGGACUCAAUCCGAGAUCAAUGAGACACUCAGAAUCAUGGCAGGACUCAGAAUCAUGCCUGAACAAUUUGAUUUAAAGUGAGCUAUAGGAAGAGUGCUGUUUACCUUGUUGUUGGAACUCAUCAUAAAUGGAACUGUACCUGUAUUGUUCCUGUGUGUUAGACAUAACUGUGUAGAUAUAUAUAUACACAGCAUGUAUGCAUAUAUGCAACUGUAUAGUGUCUGAUUAUAUUACUGUUCUGUAGCAUGCAUAUUUUAGUCUGGUGCAAUUGUCUUUUAAUGUCAACUUGAA